AUGGCAACAUAUCACCUUCAUAUUACGAACGAGAAUCACGCGUGUUCGAAUUUCGAUCGGCAUUUACUUUUUUUUUUUUAAUAAAGACUUUUUAACUUUUUUUUUGGCAUAUUUUGUUGUUUUAUAAUCCGGUACGAUUAAUUUUUUUUUAAUUUGUGCCAGUUCAUUUUUUUUUAUAAUUUUUUGUGUCAAUGUGAGAUUUUUUUAUUAAUUUAAUUAAUAAGGUAAUAAGCUACCUACAAAUAAAUUAAAAAAAAGAAAUAUAACUUACUGAUUCAAGUGCAAACAAACAUGGAAAGUUAAUCACUGGUAAUAGAUUGCGAAAGUUUAUUUGAACUUUUAAAUGAAAAAGAUUUUCUGUGUUACAAGUGUUUCAUCCAAUGAAAAGAAAAAUGUCAAGCGCGAACAUUGCAACUAUAUUGGCUAUAGCGACUAUGUUAUUAGUCGGUUAUGUCAAGACUGCAUAUAUGCCAUCACCUGAUAUAGGCCGGCCGGCCGGAUUCCUACCAGAUUGCCCUGGAGUCCUGAAGAACACCACCAUAAGUCGCAAGUCGCUGAGUCUGUUGAAAGUGGUGUCCCAUCAAAGUACUCCCCACGGGAACAUAAGAAGACCAUAUGCCCUUCCUGACGCCCACAAACUUGUAGCUGCUGAUAAGAAUAUAGAUCUGAAGAACAAGAAAACAAUACUUUAUGCCGUGGGUUACCUGGAAAGUUCCAUACUGCCGCAUAGCCAGGCUAUGGCCAAUACUUAUGUGAAGAAAGGCUACAACGUUUUUGUUACAGAAACCUUUACCUUUCUCAGCUACGUAUACCCUAAAGCUGUUCGCGUAUCAAGAGUAGUAGGACGGGAACUUGGUGAAUUCCUAGCCAAGCUGACACAACACGGUCUAGACCCUGAGAAUCUUGAACUAUUAGGCUUAAGCUUGGGAGGUCACAUCAUCAGCUUCGCUGCCAAACGUUUCUACGCCCUGACUGGGAAAAAACCAUCAAGAAUCACCGCUUUAGACCCGUCCGGACCCUGUUUCAGAACCGUACCUCCAGAACAUAGACUUAAUCCGACUGACGGUGAAAGAGUUGAUGUGGUACAUACAAAUAUAGAUGGAUUCGGCAACGCUGAACGUUUGGGACACGUAGAUUUUUAUGUUAACGGCGGAGAGUUCCAACCGGGCGAUUUGGCUAUCAAUGCCUGCACAACAUUUUGCAGUCACGCUAAAUCAUUCCUGUACUGGUGGCAAGCUUUGGAGAAUCCAAAGAAAUUUAUCGGCAUCCAAUGUGAUUCGGUGCAAGAUGCCAGAACCGCUAACUUCAAGAAAGGUAGCCUGACUAACUAUUUGGGUAGCGAGACGAAUUUUUCAAGGCCGGGUAUAUUUUAUUUGGGGACUCUGAAUUAUUUCCCGUAUUACAGAGGUGAAGACGCGUUGGAUCCAGAAAAUGAGAUAUUCAGUUCAGGAACUAGGGAUUUCAAUUCGGAAGAUGUGCUUGUUGUUUAGGUUAUUUGUGUUUAAUUAUUAUUGUCCGUCUGUUUGUUUGCGAUAAACUCUUAAACUAACGAAGAUUCAAUAAAAUUUUAUCAGACACAAUAAAUUUCAUAUAAUAGUUUCGUAUUGUGAUUUUUAUGCAAAUAAUGUGCCUAUUAAAUUUUUUAU